AUGACGAGGCUCCCAUGUGGGGGACAGGCCCAGCUGCAUCGCGGCGGGCUGGGGGACCCCUGCCCGCCCAGCCCCCCGCGACGGAAGAGGCAGCCCCGACUUCCUGUUUGCGGCCUCCCGACCCCGGCUCACUUCCCGGGCCGGGAAGCCGCCGAAGGCCGCGCGUUCUCGGAGGCUCCUGGGCCGGCUGGCCCCGCCUCCUGCCGGCCCCCAUCCCGCCCCCCGCCCCCGGCCGGGGAGCCCGCGCGGGGCCGUGGCCGCGGGGAGCCGAGGGGACCGUCCGGGCUCCGGAGCCGGGCGCCAGGGGGCGCUGCGCAGCCGUCGGGGCUGCGCACGGAGCGGGGGCCCGCCGAGUGUCCGCGGCUCCAGGGUCAGCCUCGCUUUGGUGCAGGGAGCCUCAUCUCCCUCAUGCCAGGAUUUGAUUGUGGUGACAAGGAGGAGAAUGCCCACCGCCUGACGCAAUUCAAGGAGCACUUGCUGCAUGCUGGAACUGGGGAAACCCCUCCCUCAGAGUUGCAUCACUCUAGCCGGUCUGCUACAAAGGUGAAGUUGAACCAAUCAACGAGCGUGCUGGCUGCCGUGGGCGGGGCUUCUCGGCCGGAGGGUUUAAAGGGCGUCCCAGCAAAGGCCACUCAGCUGGAGCGUCUAAGCGGUGCCAGGCCAGGUGUGCGCGCCCGUCGGUCCUUCCGUGCCCGCGCCGGAGACCAGCCUCGGAGGCCGCCCGGGCCCGUCCCUGUGCCCGGCACCAUGAAGCAGGAUCCCCAAGACACGCCGCUUGCCUCGUCAGCUGCUUCGCCGCCCCCUUCACCAUCCGCGCAGUCUCCCCAGGACGACGACGACGGGGACCCCCAAGCUCUGUGGAUUUUCGGGUAUGGCUCUCUGGUGUGGAGGCCCGACUUCGCCUACAGUGACAGCCGUGUGGGCUUCGUACGUGGCUAUAGCCGCCGUUUCUGGCAAGGAGAUACCUUCCAUCGGGGCAGCGACAAGAUGCCUGGCCGAGUGGUGACCCUUCUUGAAGAUCAUGAGGGCUGUACCUGGGGUGUGGCAUACCAGGUCCGAGGGGAGCAGGUAAACGAAGCGCUGAAGUACCUGAACGUUCGGGAAGCAGUGCUUGGAGGCUACGAUACCAAGGAAGUGACCUUCUACCCUCAAGAGACCCCUGACCAGCCUCUCAAGGCACUGGCCUAUGUGGCCACCCCACAGAAUCCUGGUUACCUGGGCCCUGCUCCUGAGGAAGCCAUUGCUAUGCAAAUCCUGGCCUGCCGCGGUUUCUCGGGCCACAACCUUGAGUACUUGCUGCGCCUGGCAGACUUCAUGCAACUUUGCGGGCCCCAAGCCCAGGACGAGCACCUGGCUGCCAUCGUGGAUGCUGUGGGCACCAUGCUGCCUUGUUUCUGCCCCACCGAGCAGGCUCUGGCACUGGUCUGAGCAGCUGCAGCACUGUGGGGGGGCAUGCCCACACAGAUGCAGGGACCAGGUCCCCACCUCGGUGCAGACAGACUGCAGAUUCUUAGCUGGAGCCCGGGAGAGGACUCAGCGGACAGCAGCGGUUCCUCUCCCUAAGGCCCUGCUGCCUGUGGCUUCUGGUCUUUCUCCUGAUUCUGACUACUUGAAAUGAUUUAUUGCACCAUGUUGGUGUGGAGGGCCUGCCCUGGACCCGGGAGCCCUGCUGAGCGGAGCCCCACUCCGGUACCUGGUGCUUGACCAGAUUCUCCCCAAAGCUGCUGCUAACCUCACAUCUUCAGGCCCUCCCCACAGCCCCGGGGAGCCCUCAAGAGCCUUAGCCCCUCGGCUCCCUGCUUCCAACACCCUCCCAGUUCUGGGCUUCACCUGCAUAAGGACCCAGCUGUGGAACCCCUCCUCCCACCUGCUCAGCCCACAUGUUCCCAGGGCCCAGCUGGAUCUGCAGCCUCAGCAACUGGCUCUGGGUCUCUUAGCCCUUCUGCUUUGCUCUCGUCCCUCUGUCUUCGUCUGUCCCUCUGUCUGUGCCCCUCUCGUCUUUUGGUCUGUUCGUGGGAAACUCAUCACUGUUGGCCUUGGCACCUUCCCAAUCUGUCCCCAACCAUCCUCCAUAAACUCAUCUUACUAUCUGC